AUGAUUAAUAAUAUAAUAAAAAAGAAAUCUGUAAAUGAGCACAAGGAGAAUUGUGAACAUGUUUCAGAUAUUACAGAUAGUAGCAACCGAAUUUUUAAUGUUGCUCCCAGUACAGAAUCAUACGAUAUAUUAGAAAAUGAUAUUAUGGUAAAAAGCAAGUCUAGAAAAGUAGGUAUAUCUGUAAAUAAUGGUUUUGAGAGUACAAGUAUUUCCAAUAAAAUAUUAUCAGAAUUUACCUGCCCUGUAUGCCUUGAUUAUUACAUUUUACCUGUUACAAUUCCGUGUGGGCAUACUUUUUGUAGGUAUUGCAUUACUCACAACCGUUUACUGGGAAAAAAUUGUCCAGUAUGUAGACAAUUAAUAGGAUACAACUUCAGAAUAAACAUGGCAAUUCAUAAUGUUAUUGUUUCAUUGGGGAUUUUCAAACAAUCCGAGAACUCCUCUUGGGAUGAAAGAAAUGAUAAUGAAAUUUUGUUUACAAACAAUGAAUUCAAAGGACAGAAUAGACCAAAGUGGUGGCAACUGUGUUUUUGUAAACCAAUCAUAUCAGUCACGUUGUUUGCAAGAAUAAUUUCUGAUGAAAUACUGGGUAUUGGGAUAAUUUUUGCAGAAGAUUUAACUCGAUGCAUUAUUGACCACCUGUCAAAACUGUCAUCAAUGCUGCAUAAUACUAAAUUUAAAAGUAUGGUCUGGUCAAACGGUAUAUAUAUGAUUGGGCCACUGGAGGUUAAUUUGUUAACAAAAUGGAUGGGUUGCCCACCAUUACCUUUUAAUCUUGAUGAUGAUGAAACUGACCAUUUAAAAAAAAAUACAGAUUUUACCCUUAAUAGUAAUGCAGUAUUUAAAAAUCAAGUCAAAAAAUGGGUAGAAGAGUGUAUUGCUUUGAAGCCAACAAUUCUAAAUAUUGGACAAAGUCCAUUUAUUAAAACAAAUACGUAUCCUAUAAUACGUAUACUAAGUGAUAGAAUACACCGUGUAGAAUCAAAAAUUUAUGAUUUGGGAACUCUUAGAUCUCCUCUUCCUUGGGACCUUGGGAGGCACUCUAAAUCUACUAUCCAUAUUUCACAUUCUUCCGUAAGCACUAAUCACUUACUAAUAGUUAAUAUCAAGGAACAUGCUCAGGUUGCUCAAGAACUGAAAUACGUGGAUGAUUUUUCAUAUAUAUUUGAUGAAACUUCUUCAAUCGGAAAAGAUUGGGGUAUUGGGAUAAUUGAUUUAGGAAGUAGUAUUGGAACAAUGCUAAAAAUUCAGUCUAAGCAUAGACUUGCAACUGAUGAAAUAAUUCAUUUGGCAGAUAGAGUCGAAAUAAUUGUUAAAAUUCGGACAAUAGAGGAAAUAAUCAACAAAAAUAAUUACUUACACUUCGACAAUCAAAUAUUAAUAAAUGAAUGGAAAAAAUUACGUUGGAGUAAUAAAUUAAAUUUAGUAGUAAAUAUUGAUGAGUAUGGUAAAAACAAGGAUAAGACGGAUGAAACUAAAAAUAGUAAUUUUGAGGAUUCUUUCGUAAGUUGUAAUAAAGAUGAUUCGAUUUCACUAAAAUUUGCCCAAGAAAGUGAAAUUUUGCAAAUUCCACUUGAAGAAUUAGAGCUCGAAGAAAUCAAAGAAUGUCUUGAGGUUUACAUUCCAACUGGAUCCAAGUUUUCUGUUCCAUGUGAAGGAGCAAAAAAAACAGAAGAUGGAAUGUAUUGGUCAGUAAUUAUCCAUCCUUCUGGAAUGGUAUUCGGACGAGGAAAAAAUGGAGCUCUUGGUUUGAGAAAAGUAGAAGUAACAGAGAGUAAUGGAUAUAUUAGCCGAGAACAUUGCAUUUUUUAUUAUUCAUCAGUAGGAAAUAGAGAAUGCGACAGCCCUGACUAUUUAAGUAGAUCAAAAGGAUGUUUAUCAAAUUGGUAUGUUAAGGAUGUCUCUACAUCUGGAACAUUUUUGCGUCUAAAACCAUUCAGCUAUCCAGUUAGGCUAUUACCCGGCAUGGUUCUUAAAGUAGGGCAAUGCAAAAUGGAAAUACUACCAUACAUGAUUGGUGCCUUAUACUCCGGACAACCAAAUAGUACUGGGAGAAACAAUACAAUUAAUUUAGUAUCACAAGACUUUCAACAAAUUCAUACAAGCUCCACUGAAGAUGAAUCAUUGCAAACUCAUAUUUCGAAUCUAAAUCAAAUUCCUAUUUCUUUAGGUAACGGCACACUAUUUGCUGAGCCCUCUAGUAAUCAAUAUUUAUCUAACAUUAACAACAACGUAAUUGCACAAUUGAAUAUUUUGGCUGCAUAUAAUUACUUUAACGCCUCAUCUAUAACAAAUUUAGUCAAUUCUAGUAAUAUAAUUAAUCUGAAUAAUCAGGCUGUUGAAGAGAGAGUAAGCCAAACACAAAACUCGUCCCUUGGGCAGAUGAUUAGCAUUGAACGUUCACCCUACGAUAAUAUUUUUUUACAAAACAUAUUAAGCAAUUCUUUAAUAAAUAAUAGCAUAUCUACAAACAACUAUUUAGGAAAUAUGCAAAAUGAUGAAUACCAUUCUAUUACUGAAAGCUCUAUGAAUUCUCUGGAAGUUAAUGAUAUAUUAAAUUAUGAGAGAAGACCGAGAGAACCCAGAGUUACACAAGAGGGAGAUGUUUCGUUUCAAAUUGAUAGUUAUGAGAACAGCAACGAUUGUUAG